ACACCCACACGUUUGCACCAAUCUUCUCUUCCUUUAUUCUUCUAUUCUUCUUUCUCUUAACCUUAGUCUUGCCUUUUUCAACAUGAAUGAGUACGCAGAAGAUAACUCUUUCUGCUACUUCCAUCCCAAGGAAGUGGUUGUAGGGGUAUGUGCCAUUUGCUUGAAAGAGAGACUUCUCAUCUUGGCUGCAAAACAAGGACUAAAAGCCACAAAGAAAACUCGCAGUGUCCACACCAAGAAGCCUUCUAUCACCUUACCAAGGAUAUUUGAUUUGGGAUCCAUCCUCCAUCGCCUCGAAUUCCGGCACCGGAAAUCAGAUCUCUCCGACCAUGAUACCUCAACAAGCCAAGAAGAUUCUUUUAUAUCUAUCAGAUUUGAAAAUAAUGGUGUUGCCUCAUGGGACAAAGGUACAAGUUGUAAUAAGGUUCCUCCCCUUGGACCCCUCAUGAACAUGGCUUACAGCACUGAAAAGUCGAAGAAGGAACCAAGAGUGGUCAAAAGCAUUGUAGAACAUGCAAAACCACAGGCUGCAAUGAGGUGGCGAAAGCGAAUUGGUCACAUGUUCCAACUUAUCCGAUGGAAAAGGUCUAGCAAGGCAAACGUGUGUCACACUGGUGGUAAGGUGGAGGGAGUUAAGGUCAGUAAAGGUUGGAUAAGGGUUCUGACGAAGAGGAGGACCAUGGAAUAAUAAAAAGACAUAUAAGAAGGGACACUGAAGCUUUCCACACCCAUUCCUUUGUUGGGUUUCAUUGGAACUGUUAAAGCUAGAAAUUAUUAUGGAAAAUUAGAAGAGUUCCACCAUCUACUCCAACUCCAUCGUGCAAUUGUGCAUUGUUAGCUUUCUAA